AUGUCCAAAGUAGCUAGCACAAAAAGGUCAAAAGUUAGUAUUUAUUUGGAAGAAUUUCCGAACGAAACUUUUAGGAGUGAUGGACAAGUUUUAUGCUGUCAGUUUUGUGAUAAAUCAGUAUCUAUCGACCAACGUGGUCAAGUUAUUCAGCUCAUCAAUACCAGUAAACAUAGAGGCAAUAAAGACAGAAAGCUUAUAUUUCAACAAAAUUUUAUUUCUACAUCAUCCGCAUCUACCAAUAGCAAAGACAUACUAUUAAACGUAACUCCGAAUAACAAUUAUUCAGAAAUUGAAUACACUCCAAAAGAAAUAAUGUGUAUGAAAUAUGUACCUGUCACGUCCGUUGAUGCGGAGAGGUCAUUCAGCCGUUACAAAGAAAUGUUAAGACCGAACCGCUGCCACUUUACAUUUUGA